CUACCCUUAAAGCAAAAGAUAACAAAGAUCAAGUCGCCUUUAUUACAUUCUUAACAAUCAUACGCAAUUCAUAUCACACACACACACAGAAAGAUUUUAGAAAUCCAGUUAUAACUACCUUUCCCUCAUCUGUUCAUGCCCAUAACUUGAAUGUAAACAUUUUCCAUUUUCACACGGUUUUGCGUGAGAAAGAGCCCAAAUCAAGUUUUAUUUUUUCCGGGUGUUCAUGUGCUGGUAAUUUGGAGCGAUCAGAUGCUAGAUGUGCAAUAAAUAGCAGCCUCUGUGGGUUUAAAGAUAGGCGGGUGAGCCACAGAAUCGAGCGAGCAAGAUAUGGACUUGACUUAUGCUGCUUGUAAACUGCUGCUUUUCUUUCUUCUUAUAUUCCGCACAUCCCAUCAGUGUUGUGCAACUGGGAUCAAUGCAAACCAGACAGCAUGGUUAUUCGUAAACGUGUCAGAAAAUCCUCCAAGAAAGAUACCGAAUACGAUGUUUGGAAUAUCAUUUGAGGAGAUCAACCAUUCUGGGGCUGGAGGACUCUGGGCAGAGCUUGUCAGCAACAGAGGUUUCGAAGCUGGAGGCCAGAAUACUCCAUCAAAUAUUAGUCCUUGGUCCAUCCUUGGGGAUGAAUCACUUAUAUUUGUAUCAACAGACCGUUCAUCCUGCUUUGACAGAAAUAGAAUUGCACCCCGAAUGGAGGUAUUGUGCAACACUGAUGGUGGCAAUAUGUGUCCAGCAGCUGGAGUUGGAGUUUACAACCCGGGAUUCUGGGGCAUGAACAUUGAACAAGGAAAGACGUACAAAGUGACCUUUUAUGUUCGCUCAUUGCAGCCAAUUGAAAUGUCUGUAUCACUUAUUGGUUCAAAUGCACUGCAAAAACUAGCCACAGCUGAUAUAAUAGAUGAAAAUGUUACAAACUGGACGAAGAAGGAGAUUCUGUUGCAAGCAGCAGGAACAGACCCUAAUUCAAGAUUGCAGUUGACGACAAGGAAAAAGGGCACGAUAUGGGUUGAUCAAGUCUCAGCAAUGCCUUUAAGCACACACAAGGGACAUGGAUUUCGGCAAGAUCUUUUCAACAUGCUUGCUGAUUUGAAGCCAGGAUUUAUCAGAUUCCCAGGCGGUUCAUUUGUCGAAGGAGAAUGGCUAGUGAAUGCAUUCCGAUGGAAAGAAACUGUAGGAGCAUGGGAAGAGCGACCUGGCCAUUUUGGGGAUGUUUGGCAAUAUUGGACUGAUGAUGGACUUGGUUAUUUCGAGUAUCUCCAACUUGCAGAGGAUUUAGGUGCAUUGCCAGUUUGGGUCUUCAAUAAUGGAAUCAGUCAUAACGAUCAAGUUGAUAGUUCGGUGAUUUUACCCUUCGUGCAAGACAUUCUUGAUGCUAUUGAGUUUGCAAGGGGAGACCCCACUUCAACAUGGGGUUCUGUUCGAGCAGCAAUGGGCCACGCAGAACCUUUUGAUUUGCGAUAUGUUGCUGUCGGGAAUCAAGACUGUGGAAACAAGAACUAUCGUGGAAAUUACAUGAAGUUUUACACUGCCAUAAAAGGAGCCUACCCAGAUAUCAAGAUUAUCUCAAACUGUGACGGAUCUACUCGACAGUUGGAUCACCCAGCGGAUUUGUAUGAUUUCCAUGUUUACACGAACGCAAAUUCUAUGUUUUCGAUGGCUCACAACUUUGAUCAUAACUCAAGAAGUGGCCCAAAGGCUUUUGUGAGUGAGUAUGCUGUCACUGGAAAUGAUGCCGGCAGAGGAAGUCUCUUAAAAGCACUGGCUGAAGCUGCAUUCCUUCUUGGACUGGAGAUCAACAGUGAUGUUGUCGAAAUGGCAAGUAAUGCUCCUCUGUUUGUGAAUGCCAACGAUUGGAGGUUCAAUCCAGAUGCAAUAGUUUUUGAUUCUUCAAAGGUGUACGGUACUCCUAGUUACUGGAUGCAGCAUUUCUUCAAAGAGUCGAAUGGCGCCAUUCUUCUCAAUUCCAAACUGCAAGCUAAUUCUUCCAGUUCCCUUAUCGCAUCUGCCAUUUCUUGGAAAAAUCCAGACAGCAACAGAAGUUACUUAAGGAUAAAGGUUGUGAACUUUGGGAGCAACAGAGUGAGUCUUAAGGUUUCGGUUGAUGGGCUGGACAAGAACUCGAUAGAAGUAGCAGGGUCUACGAUUACUACACUGAUGUCAAGCAAUGCGAUGGCUGAAAAUUCUUUCAGUGAGCCAAAGAAGGUGGCCCCAACUACCAGUCAACUUGAAAAUGCCAGCAACAGAAUGAAUGUAGUACUAGCUCCGUAUUCUUUAACUUCCAUCGACUUGCUCAGAAAAUCAAAUAUUGUCCAAGUCGCAGGAUGUAAUGCUGCUUUAUGGUCAGCGCCGAGUCGAGAAGAUGAAGAGAGAGAGGAGAGAGGAGUGGAGUUGAAGAGCAGCGCCAUGUCUCCACUCUCCACUGUCUUUGGAUAAGUCUUCAUUUCAUUUACGCCUAAUUAACCCACCA